AUGAGUAAGUCUCUGGGUAUUCCGGUGAAGCUGCUGCACGAGGCGCAAGGCCACGUUGUUACUAUCGAGUUGAAAAACGGGGAGUUAUAUCGAGGCACGCUGACGGACUGCGAGGAUAACUGGAACUGCCAAAUGGAUAACAUCACAUUCACAGCCAAGGACGGCAAGGUAUUGCAAUUGGAGCACGUUUUUAUAAGGGGGAGCUUCGUUCGCUUCGUCAUCAUCCCAGACAUGCUGCGGAAUGCCCCCAUGUUCAAACGGCUGGAAGCCAAGCUCAAGGGCAAGGGGUCGUCCAAUCUUGGAGUGGGCAGGGGCAGAGCCGUGGCAAUGCGAGCUAAGGCUAGGUCUGCAGCAAGGGGAGCACUGGGAGCAGCACCAGAUGGGGGUGCUCCCAUGGGUGGCAUGAUGGGCCGAGCGAGCCCACUUCGAGUGGAGCAGCAAGAAAUGGAGACAGAUUUGGUGCCUGUGUCACAGCUCUCGGGCCACAGUGGGGAGCACCAACAAGAUCUUUUUGUUCCUCCUGGGGAGCUGCAGAUAGGGGAAACGGAUCAGAGAGGGCAGCAGCUGCGUGAGCUGGGCGCUCAGGCGCAGGGGCCCGUGGACGAUCAACUGCCACGAGGCAAGGGCAGGAGGCGACGCGGAGGCCAGGGCAAGCAGCGGUCGGGCAAUCAGCAGGAUCAGCAGGCAGAGGGCGAGUUGGGGCGGCCGCUUACGAGCCAACGUCCGGGAGGCCAGCUGGUGCGACGGCGGCCACUGUCAGGGGAACAGGGAGUGACUGCAGCACCUGAGGGCGUGCAGCAGGCAGGGGGACAGCAGGGAGUGACUGCAGCACCCCAGGGCGUGCAGCAGGCAGGGGGACGACAGGGAGUGACUGCAGCACCUGAGGGCGUGCAGCAGGCAGGGGGACAGCAGGGAGUGAUUGCAGCACCUCAAGGCGUGCAGCAGGCAGCGGGACAGCAGGGAGUGACUGCAGCACCCCAGGGCAUGCAGCAAACAGCGGGACAGCAGGGAGUGACUGCAGCACCUGAGGGCGUGCAGCAGGCAGGGGGACAGUAG